GGUCUGAUGCAUUCUGCCGUUAAGCAAAACGUCCGGGACGCAUGGGAAGAACUUAACCAUGGAUGUAAAACCCAAGAAAGCGUUCUCCCCCAAAGGUGGAAAAAAAUUUGCACCAAAAAGAAAAGAUUCCAUAGGGAAACCUGGGACCAAACAAACUGAUAAACCAGGAGGUCAUGGGACUGCUAAACCUGGUGUUCAACGGACAGGUAAACUAAGUGGUCAACGGACAGGAAAACCAAGCGGUCAAUGGACAAGUAAACCAGCCGGAAAACCGACAGGAAAAAGGCCGUUCAAGCCCCACAAUGCAGAGAAGGGUAAGAAGUUUGUGAAGUCAGAAGGGAAUGGAGCUCCAAAGAAAUUCCUUAAGAAGCCAACAGAUGGAAAGUUCUCCAAAAAGAGGAAGUUCACUCCUGGAGAAGGGAACGAGGAGGGUUCAGAGGCUAAGAAGCCCAAGUGGGAUGAGUUCAAGCAGAAGAAGAAGGAUCUGAAGGUAUCUCGGCAGCAGUUGGAGGGGAAGGAGAGGUUCCAGAUCAUCAGCAGGGCCAAGCAAGUCUGGGAGAUCCUCAGGAAGAAGGAUUGUAGCAAGGCAAAGAGAGCCAACCUCGUUAAGGAGCUCCAUGAUCUGAUCCAGGGAAAAGUCAAGUCUAUUGCGUUUGCCCAUGACUCCACGCGCGUGCUGCAGUGCUACAUCCAGUUUGGGAACGACCAGCAAAGGCAGGAAGUGCUCGCCGAACUUCAAGAACACAUGGUGGAGCUGAGCAAGUCGAAAUACGCCAAGAACAUCGUCAAGAAGUUCCUCAUGUAUGGCAAUAAGGAGCAGGUGCAGAGCGUGAUGCUGGCGUUCAAGGGGAAGGUCAAGCAGAUGCUGCGUCACUCGGAGGCGUCGUCCGUGGUAGAGUACGCCUACGACGAGAAGGCGGUGCUCGCUCAGAGACUCAUGCUGACCGAGGAGCUCUAUGGAAACACCUUCACCGUCUGCAAGUCUUCAGAGUGUCCCACCCUGGAGAAGGUUCUGGAGACCCACCCAACGAAGAACAACACCAUCCUGGAUGAGAUGAAGCAGAACCUCACCCCGAUGGCUCAGAAAGAGGCGGUGGUCAAACACUCGCUGGUCCACAAGGUGUUCCUGGACUUCUUCCUGCACGCCCCGGCCAAGCUGAGGACGGAGAUGAUCGAGUCCAUCCGCGAGGCUGUGGUGUACAUGGCUCACACGCACGACGGUGCCCGUGUGGCCAUGCACUGCCUCUGGCACGGCACACCCAAGGAUAGGAAGGUCAUCAUUAAAACCAUGAAGACGUACAUGGUCAAGUUUGCCACGGGGGAGUUUGGCCACCUGGUCCUGUUAGCAGUGUUUGACUGUGUAGACGACACCAAGCUGGUCAAACAGGCCGUCCUCCUAGAGAUCCUGUCCUCUCUUGAUGAUGUGAUCACUAACAAGUACGGCAGGAAGGUCCUGCUGUACCUGCUGAGCCCCAGGGACCGUGCCCACCUGCUGCCCGAGAUCCUCCAGGUGCUGCAGCGCGGCGACGGCAACGCCCACAGUAAGAAAGAUGCAGCUCUGCGUCGUCAGGAGCUCCUAGAGGCAGUGUCGCCGCCCCUGCUGCAGCACCUGUGUGACAACGCCGCCUCCAUGGCGACGGACAAGGCCGUGAGCGUCACCAUCAGUGACAUCCUGGGCGCGGCGGUGGGGGACCUGCGGCCCGCCAUGGAGGCUGUGGCUGAGCUGGCUGCACCGGACUUCACGCCAGGAGGCACAGACGGACAGCUGCACAUGUGUGAACAUGCUGCUGGUCACCUGGUCCUGAAGUGGCUGAUCGAGCAGGACGCCAAGAUUCAGGAGGCUGGCAGAGAAGAGCGGUUCUCCAGAGUGCUGCUGGAGAAGGUGGGCCUGGAGCAGAUGAAGACCUGGGUGCAUGUCAACAGAGGAGCCAUGGUGCUGUGCAGUCUUCUGAAGAGUGCCGAUGUGGACGUGGCCGCGGAGGUGAAGGAAGGGCUGAUGUCCAUGACUGCUGACCUUCAGAAGAUCAAGAACAGCAAAGGAGUUGAGGUCCUCUUGGAGAAGCUGGCUGCAUAGCUGAACGCCCUGACUUCCCCUUCACCUGUCUGGACGCACACACACACACACACCACUGCAACCUCAUGGACCCUCCAGUUCUGUUCUGUUUCAGCAGAGAACAGUCCUGCUGAAUGGGUUGGUUGUUCUGACUCUUGACUCAAAGCCUCGGCCAUGAUGAUGAUGGUGAUGGUGGUGUGUGUGUGUGUUUGGAGCCUAUCUGUCCAUCCUGACCUGUCUGAUGAGGAUCUCUGGUCAGCAGAGGAACAGGAGCGCUCAUCGCUAAGAUACUGACCAUCGGGGAUGGCCAGCUGUAGUUACAGUAUUUAAAUGUAAAAAUUCUCGGUUGAAAUUCUGUGGCCACACAGACUCUGUUUUUGUAUGACUUUGUAACUGUGGUUAAUACUGAUCAAGUGCUUCCUGACGGUCAGUGAACUCGGAAGCAUUGUUGAAACAAUUGUGCUAAACUAUUGAAUUAAACACAAUGUCAAAGGUU